AUGCAUCUCCGCUCAACUCUCGCCUUGGCGAGCUUAUUACAGAGCGUCACCCCGGCGCUGAGUCUACAAGACUCAAAAUCCAAUCCGGGCCUCUCACAAUAUGUGAACGCGUUCAUCGGAUCUGAAGGUCCCGAUGGAACUGGAUUCGGUGGCGGUGACAUCUUUGUCGGCGGGGCGCGGCCAUUCGGCGUCGCUAAAGUGGGCAUCGAUUCUACGGCGGCUAAUUGGUCUACUGCUGUGCUGAAUGGCGGGUGGACUCCUGAUGGCAAUGUUACGGGGUUUAGUAUGAUGCAUGAGAGUGGAACGGGAGGUGCGCCGAAGUACGGGUUGAUUGCGCAAAUGCCGCUGGCCUCGUUGGAGGAUGUUAAUGUUUUGGAUAACAUGACUUAUAGUCAACCAAGGGUUGGGAAAGAUGUUGCAAGUGUGGGUUACUACAAAACGCGAUUGGAGAGUGGUGUUGAAGUUAAGCUUUCUGCGUCGCGACAUGCUGGCAUUAUGGAGUAUUCGUUUCCCAAAGGAGAGAAACACAUAUUGUUCGACUUAUCCCACUACCUACCUGCCUCUCCCGGGGAUACCGGCGGCCAAUUAUUCGCCGGGGGUGAGAUCCAGAUUCAAGAAGAUGGCCAGUCCUACAGUGGAUAUGGGACAUAUGUCGGUGGCUGGAAUAAUGGAGCACCAUUUACAGUCUACUUCUACGGAGAGUUCAACCAACGCCCCCAACAGGCGCAGACUUUCUCCGGACCAAAUACCGACCCCAUGCCCCGUUAUCAGAAUCUCGCAAAUGGAGGGAUCAGCGAGCCAGAGUUCGGUAACACAACUGCCAAGGUCACCUCCGGACCGAUGAACAACCGCAUCGGCGUGCUUCUCAGCUGGAAUGAUGGCCCCGCAUCGCAAAUUACCUCGCGCGUGGGUAUUUCAUCCAUGUCAAUUGACCGAGCUCGGUCAUAUAUCAAAAAGGAGAUUCCAUCCUGGAAGCUGAAUGACACCGUCGCGGAUGCUGUUGAUGAAUGGAAUCGGGACGUUUUCAACAAGAUCCAGAUUCCGAUCGAUGACUCGGCCAAUAUGACCCACGUCAGACUCCUCUACAGCUCCCUAUACUUCAUGCACUUAAUGCCGUCGGACCGUACCGGUGAAAAUCCCCUCUGGGAUUCCGACGAGCCAUACUGGGACGACUUUUUUACCAUGUGGGAUAUUUUCCGCUGUACUGUCAGCUUCUACCAUAUUUUCCAGCCAAAGUAUUACGAAUCUAUGAUUCGUAGCUUGAUUGAUAUCUGGAAACACGCAGGAUUCAUGCCAGACGGCCGCUCAGGAAACUGGAACGGACUCGUACAAGGUGGGUCAGAUGCAGACAACGUUCUCGCAGACGCGUACGUGAAGGGUCUACGAGGAGGAAUCAAUUGGACCGAGGGCUAUGCGGCGAUGGUGAAAGACGCAGAAGUAACACCAUACAAUACCUUCGACCCGACCGACUUCACAGCCAGCACGAAAGAAGGGCGCGGAGCGCUGGACGACUGGAAAGAACUGGGCUAUGUCUCGUAUGACCGAAACACGCGGUGUAUAUCGCGGACGGUGGAGUAUAGUCUCAAUGAUUUUGCAGUGGCGCAGGUGGCCAAGGGCGAGAGUCCUGCGAAUGUGGAGAAGUAUUUAAAUCGGUCUGCGGGGUGGCAGAAUAUUUGGGAUGAGAAGGUUCAGAGUCUUGGGUUUGAGGGGUUUUUGGCACCUAGGUUGGCGGAUGGGAGGUUUAAUAGUUCGUUUGAUCCGCUUUUGUGUGGGGGGUGUGAGUGGUCGGAUGUGAGCUAUGAGGGGAUUCCAUGGGAAUAUUCGUUUGUGAUCCCGCAUGAUGUGAAGACGCUGAUUAAGUUGAUGGGUGGGGAAGAGACCUUCGAGAAGCGACUGGAUAUAAUGUUUAAACCCAACACAUCUGUCCAGAAUCUCGGCGCCAAUGGCGCUGGCAUCACAACGCUGAUCAAUAUCGGUAAUGAGCCGGACUUCGCCACACCAUACCUGUACAACUACAUCAACAAACAGGCCAAGAGCGUGAUGCAAUCCCGCAGCCUCGCCAACCAAUAUUUUAAAGAUGCAGCAUAUGGAAUCCCUGGAAAUAGCGACGCCGGAGCUAUGAACUCCUGGUUGUUGUGGCAGAUGUUGGGAAUCUAUCCGAUCGUCACUCAACCAGUCUACCUGCUAUCGUCGCCAUGGUUCCCAGACUUGAAUAUGACGAUCAACGGUGACAAGACCCUGCGGAUUAAAGCGCCCGGGCUGGAUGAGGGGUAUUUCGUGCAGGGGGUGCAGAUCAAUGGGAAAUCGUGGACAAAGAACUGGUUCGAGCAUGAGGAUGUGAUGGUUAAUGGAGGGACGAUUGAGUUUCAGCUCGGGAAAGAGGCGACAGAGUGGGAGACGGGGGAUGUCCCUCCUUCACCGGGACAUAUGCAGCUGAGUAAAUAG